GUUUUGUCGCGUUGGUCGCGUUUAUAGAAACACGCAUCACGCACUGUGUGUGAAGUGAUAUCAACAAAGGAGCGAAUUUAUCGACGCUUAUCAUACUUUGCUAGCUCGUAUCGAGAGAUAGUCAAUCAAAAUCGUUUUAUAAGAAUUUCCGUGACAUUCGCGAACGCACAACAUGUUCAGUCUAGGCGAGAUUGGCGAGCAAUUGAAAGACGUGAGUCGAAAAUCGGUCGGGGUUUCGUUCGCCGGUCAAUCGCUCGUUUUGGACACCGCGAAUGACGCUCUCCAGGUGGUAGAAGCAAUCAAAGCAUGCCCCUGCUUGGAAUACUUGGAUCUGGAAGGAAACACACUGGGUACGCCAGCUGCAGAGGUUAUAGCAGAAGCGUUGAAAGAGAAGGGGACUCCAUUGAAGAGAGCUCUAUGGAAGGACAUGUUUACCGGUCGUUUGAAAACAGAAAUUCCAAAAGCUUUGGAGUACCUAGGGACAGCAUUGUGUACUGCUGGCAGUCAGCUUACCGAACUUGAUUUAAGCGACAAUGCUUUUGGUCCAAUUGGUAUUCAGGGGUUAGCGAAUCUGUUGGCGUCGAGUCCAUGCUACGCUCUUCAACAGUUGAAGUUGAACAACAAUGGUCUUGGUAUAUCAGGUGGAAAGAUGUUAGCUAAAGCAUUGGAGAAAUGUCAUGAAAAUAGUUCUAAAGAAGGUACACCGCUUGCAUUGAAAGUUUUCAUCGUUGGUAGAAAUCGGCUAGAGAAUGAGGGCGCACAAGCGUUAGCAUCUGUAUUUGAAAAGUUGAAAACAUUGGAGGAAGUUGUAAUGCAGCAGAAUGGGAUAUAUCAUGUGGGCAUCGCAGCAAUUGCACAGGGUUUAUCUGCCAAUCCUAAUUUGCGAGUAUUAAAUUUGAAUGAUAAUACAAUCGGAUUAAAAGGCGCCAGAGCGCUCGCUAAAGUAUUACCGAUUUUCCGAGGUUUGGAGGAAUUAAACCUUGGAGAUUGUUUAUUAAAGACUAAAGGGGCUUUAGCUUUAGCAGAAGCGUUAGAGAUUCACGGCAAUCACACAUCUCUUAGAUAUCUAGAUUUGAGUUGUAACGAAUUACGUGCGCCCGCUGGUAAUGCUAUUGCUAAAGCCACUCAUGAUAAAACUCUUCUAACAAAUCUACAAUUAGAUGGGAAUUGCUUUGGAACAGAAGGACGCGAAAACCUUAGGGAAAUUCUUGCAAAAUUGGGAAGACUUGAUGCAUUGAAUUCUUUGGAAGAGGAUUAUACUGAGGAUGAGGAAGAUGACGAUAACGAUAAUGAUAACGAGGAUGAACAAAGUGGAGAGGAUGAAAGUGAUAAUAAUGAAGAUGAAACAAGUGACAAAGAUAACAAAGAACAAGAUAAUAUUGCACAAAGCGUAGUGGUUACAGUAGCAGAAUUCGUAAAAUCGCCAAUAGGCGAGAAACUGUUGCUACUGCAAGAUGAUAAUGUGCAAGCUUUCAUCGAUUACGCAACGAAUUUAGCAAAUCAAAAUAAUACAACUACAAAACAGAAAUAUAUAGAAGAACUUUUACGAAUAACUAUGAAAGUAUCGGCAUUAUGUGGUAGUGGCUACAUAAACGUGAGAAUAAAAGCAGAAUCCUUGUCAGAUGCUUUAUACGCCAAAUUAUUUUCUUAUGCUGUAGAAAAUGAUCAAAUUUCAAAUUUGAAUAAUGCAUUACUAGUUAAUCUUGGUUUAAUAAAAGGCGAGGACAAAGCCAGUGGAAAAAUUGAUUGGAAUUUGGAAGGAUGUUUUAAAGCUUUGGAAAAAAUUAGUCAGAGAGAUUAUUUCUUAGCACGUACGAGGAAUAUAUUGAAGGUAUUCUUAGAGAAACCAAUGAAGACUAGUCGUGCAAAUGUUGUCGAUCCAUUUCAAGAUUCCAAAGUUGCUCUCAAAACUGUUCUAGACAGUAUUCAAGUUACGUAAAGUUACUGGAAAUUAUCGUGGUAUGACAUAUAGUUAUUUAUUUUUAUACAUUGCAUGGAAAUAAUAGAAAUUUCAUAUAAAAUUAGAUCAUUAUACCUAUGAAUUUUACAAAAUUCUCUACAUAUAAAUGAUUUUUAAAUUUUGAUAAUUUUAAAUCAAAAUUUUGUACUUUUAACAUUAAAUUUUUUCAAUACUUUUUGCAAUGUUAUCUUUAUCUCACUAUAAGAAUUUACUUUUUAUUUAAAAAAUAAAUAAUAAUUACGAAUAA